AUGCACGCCACGUCGCACUCCACGCUUCCGCGCAACGCGCUGCGAGUGGUGGCGGUGGCGGCCGUGGUGCUGCUGGCGUACUUCCUCGGGCCGCCCAUCUACUGGCGCCUCGCCGCCGCCGACAACGGCCCCGACGCGCCCAUCCAGCCGGAAGUUGACCCUGAGGUAGAGCGUCUGAGGUCCGUGGUGGAGGGCGCGGCUGCUGCUGGGGGGGACGCUGCUCAUGGGGGAAAGGGCGCUGGUUGGAGGGAGGGCGCUGGUGCUGGUGGGGAGGGCGGCAGUGUGGGCGGCGCAUCAGAUGGUGGUGGUGACAGCGGUGGUGGUGGGGCACAGGGCGUGCACGUGCACAUGGGGUCCGCGGGGACAGUGGCGGAGGGCAAUGCGGGCGGGAUUGUAGCCAGCAGCGAGGGCGAAGAGGAAGGGCAUAGGGAUGGGAGUGGGGAUGGGGAUGGGGGGGCGCGUGCGGAAAGCGAGGAGGGCGACAGGGGUGCUGUGGCCGGGGCGGAGAGCAAGGGAGCAGGCCAUGCGAGCAAUGGUGAGGGCAGGGAUGGGGAGAGCCAAGGGGGCGAGAGUGGGGCGGGUGGGGAGGAGGGGAAGGAGGAGAGUGAUGGGGGAGCAGGUGUGGAGAGUGAGGGUGCUGGGAAAGGUGGGGAGGCUGUGCAGGAAGGCGAGGAAGGAAAAGAAGUAACGGUGGGAGAUGAUAAGGGUGGCUCCAGCGGACGAGGAGAAUGGUAG